UAGCAAGCUUUUUAUGUGUCCGUGACAAGUCCCAGCUACAUGAGUGCUGCACACACUACUGUUUAAUGUGGAUGUCAGUAUAUAGAUCCCUUAUUCAGGAGCUUCACCCCAAUCAUGGCAGCACCUAGACCAGCCUGAGUCCAACUCUACCUGCACCAACCUGAGUCCAACGAUAGCAGCACCUAGACCAGCCUGAGUCCAACUCUACCUGCACCAACCUGAGUCCAACGAUAGCAGCACCUAGACCUGCCAGAGUCCAACUCUACCUGCACCAACCUGAGUCCAACGAUAGCAGCACCUAGACCUGCCAGAGUCCAACUCUACCUGCACCAACCUGAGUCCAACGAUAGCAGCACCUAGACCUGCCAGAGUUCAACUCUACCUGCACCAACCUGAGUCCAACGAUAGCAGCACCUAGACCUGCCAGAGUCCAACUCUACCUGCACCAACCUGAGUCCAACGAUAGCAGCACCUAGAUCUGCCUGAGUCCCGUGCAGGAAGACCAGAACUCAAAGACAAAUAAGAACCUGCUGAGAAAGACAGACUCCAAUUCUACAAACUUUAGCAGAAGAGUCCCCUACAAGUGGAUACUGUGUCUUCUCCUCCUCUGCCUGCUGCUGCUGCUGCUGCUGCUGGAGUUUCAGUGUUUCCCUGCAUGGUAUUACUACAAGGAGUCCCUUCUGUCUAUCUAUUGCAUCUAGGUAACCCCCAGAUAUUUGCAAAAUAAAAAAGGGGGGGGUUCGCAGAAGGUAUAAAAUGUCACCUGAUUCACUGUGAAUUUCUUUUAAAGAAAAAAAAGAUCCCCACCCCCAAACACACACACACACAUUAGGAGACCGCCCACCGCAGACAGCUAAGACCCCCUUAUAGAUUUAAAGAGAGACUGCAUAGCCCUGACGUUCAUUCAAUAGUGCGAUCAUAGGCAGCAGAGCCCUCAGUCCUGUGUCUGCUACACUAUCACGUCCUCUCCACUUGAGAUUGUCCCUUCUGUGUCUGGACUGAAUAUGUUAAAUCGCCCGAGCUUGCUAUUACUUCUCACUAUCUCUCUGUGUCAUCUCAUGGAAGAUCACACUGUCCAGGCUGGGAACUGUUGGCUUCAGCAAUCCAGGAAUGGACGGUGCCAGGUGCUCUACAGGACUGAACUGAGCAAAGAGGAGUGCUGCAAGACUGGCAGGUUGGGCACCUCCUGGACUGAAGAAGAUGUACCCAACAGCACCCUGUUCAAAUGGAUGAUAUUCAACGGUGGUGCACCGCACUGCAUACCCUGCAAAGAGACAUGUGAAAACGUGGACUGUGGACAUGGGAAGAAAUGUAAAAUGAACAAGAAAAAUAAGCCAAGAUGCGUGUGCGCCCCAGACUGCUCCAACAUCACGUGGAAAGGCCCAGUGUGCGGCUUGGAUGGGAAAACCUACAAGGACGAAUGCGCCCUACUCAAGGCCAAAUGUAAAGGACUCCCAGAGCUGGAUGUGCAGUACCAAGGCAAAUGCAAAAAGACAUGCAGAGAUGUCUUGUGCCCUGGCACCUCCACCUGUGUGGUGGAUCAGACCAACAAUGCCUAUUGUGUGACCUGCCAUAGGAACUGCCAGGAACCCACCUCCUCUGAGCAAUAUCUCUGCGGCAAUGAUGGAAUCACCUAUGCCAGCGCUUGUCACUUUAGGAAGGCGACCUGCCUACUGGGCAGGUCCAUUGGUUUGGCGUACGAGGGAAAAUGCAUAAAGGCCAAGUCGUGCGAUGACAUCCAGUGCAGCGUUGGAAAGAAGUGCCUCUGGGACAGUAAAGUGGGCAGAGGACGCUGCGCCGUGUGUGACGAAAACUGCGCAGACAGCAAGUCGGACGAGGCAGUUUGCGCCAGUGAUAACGCCACCUAUCCAAGCGAGUGCGCAAUGAAGCAGGCUGCCUGCUCUUUGGGUGUACUUUUAGAAGUCAAACACAACGGAUCUUGCAACUCCAUUAAUGAAGAUACGGAGGAAGAAGAGGAAGAUGAUGACCCAGACUACAGCUUCCCUUUAUCUUCAGUCCACCGGUAAACUGUUGGAGCAGCCUUUUGGGCAAAGGAUUGAUGUCCAUACUGUAAAUAGGUGUAUGCUUAUUUAUUUUGAGGAAAAAAAGUAUACAUAUAGUUGAGAUUGGUAGACAUUUAUUUAUACUGUGUCAUGUUUUAUAAUUUAUACAUAAAAAUGUUUGUUUGACUGUACACCUUGUUUUGAAGAAAUAUAUUCGUCAAAGGGAGAGCAGUGUUAUUUAUUGUGAUAUACCUUUGCUUGUAAAAUUCAUUUCUUUCCUUGUAAUUCCAUUCCUUAUAACUGACCAUUACUGUCCACUUCAUACACUGAUGUUACAUGGUGGGUACUGCAAAGUUCUGCAGCAGAGUAGUUGAUGGACUACAUUUCAGGGCAGCACUGGAAAUGGUAGUUUACCAAUUAUUGGUUGACAAAACUUUGCCCAUUCCUGUUUUAGAGGUUUUUUUUUUCUUUUACUGUAUCACAUUUGCAUGUCAGUUACAGUAUGUUUAUUUAUUGGGUUGUAUCUUCAGUCUUGUACAUACAUCCUUUUGGGGUUUUUGUUUACAAGGAAUCUUGACUGACCAAGAUAAUCUGCAAUCAAUCUAUCUCUACUGAUAAGCUUCAUGGGAGUCUAUCUUUAAAUGGCCACUUUUUCUUUUUUUCUUUUUCUUUUUUUUGGUGAUACUUCUGUUUAUGUGGCUACUUGAACACUUGGCAAGUGGCACCAACAAGGACUAUGUGGAUGCAAAUGGGAAAUCUUAUUUUCCCUUUAAUGAUCAGAGACAGUCGUUGUUUCUUGAGACUAUCUGUCGUUUUUUUUUAA